GCUCAGCAAUUCAUUGCAGUAAAACGAUCUUAUGCACAAUGAUGAGCUUCACUGUAGUUACAGCUUCACUUCUCUGCAGCCUCGGCUGGAUCUCUGUCUCAGGUUCUGAGUCUCACACUGUGGAGGCUCAGCCUGGGGAAGACGUCACUCUGCUGUGCUCCAACUUUUCCAAUGCUCCCUCUCAGAUAUAUUGGUUCAGAGUGGUCAAGGGAUCCCAGCCCCGCUGUGUCUCCUUCAUGUUCAAGCCUCCUGAGCCCGCUAUACUCUGUGAUGGAUUUCAAAAUGGAAAAUUUGAAAUGAGAUCCAACAUGUCUGCUGUUUUUCUCAAAAUCAAACAAGUGAAUUCAUCCGACUCUGGACUGUAUUUCUGUGGAUUUAACAUAAUAAAAAACCCGGUUAUUGUUGGUGCAACAUAUUUAGAUGUUCAAGAAGAGCCUGCUGAAAUAGAACACCUGAUGAGUGUGAUCCUGGCCGCUGUGACUGUUGUUCUCACUAAGCUCAUCAUUGGCCUUGUUGUCACAAAUACUCGAUUUCAGACAGCAUGUUUUCCUUGUACACCUGGGGCAUGUUCAUUCUCUAAACUGUGUGGUGUCUACGGAAGGACCGUGUCCCCCAGACCGCGUAUCCCGGAUGGUGUCCCCCGGGCCGUGGUGGUUUGGUAUGAAUACACAAACCGCUACAGCCCAACAUGCAGUCCUCUGCUGAAAAACACAGUGAAAGCUGCAAAUGUUGACAUAAUAGUCAACAUGCAUAUGUCAGGUCUCAAGUCUAACUUGAUGAUCUUUAUUAUAGCAGAGUCUGACGGAACAGCAAAGCUGAUGAGUGGGAUCCUGGGAGCUCUGACUGUUCUCCUCGUAAUGAUCAUCAUUGGUCUGGUUGUUAAAAACAGGAAACUUCAGACAGCUGCCAAUGAAGAACAGAAUCCACAACAGCCUGAGAACCGGGCCUCUGAAGAGGUGAACUACGCAGCUGUGGCUUUCCGUCCAAAAACAAGAAGGAAAAGAGAAGUGGAGCCCAAUGUUGUGUAUGCUUCUACUAGAUAGACUCAGGAAGCAACAAGAAAAGCUGUUUAGAGAACAACGGAUGCUUUACCAUAUUAACCAUUAGACACUGUUUUUGCUGACGUAAUAGCUGUGUGUCUAUACUAGUUUUUGGGAAAUAAAAAAACAGAUACAGCGGCAAUUCAGUUUUAUAGUUGACUUUUGAACUAUUUUUGUCUCU